AUGAAGUCAGCGACCGCCACCAAAAUCCCGAACGGGCAUGGCAGCCUCUACAAGGAGGUGCGCUUCUCGCCCACCAGCACACCGAUUAAACGGUCGCACUCGGUGCCAAACGAUCACCCCACUUUGAAUCUGAAUUUCGGCCACAGGCGCUUGGAAAUGGCAAAGGAGACACUCCCGACGCUGGCGAUCGGGUACCUCGAAGCAUCACGGUCAUUGCUUGAACGUCAGCGCAUAAAUUUCGAUCGAGAGCGGACUCUUUUCGCAGAAGAACGGCAACUGUGGGAGAAAGAGCGGGAGUUGCUCAAGACCAGAAUUAGGGAACUCGAGGCUUUGUUGAAGAGUAGAGGCGUUGCGACGGCACCUGCGGUCGGCGCAGGCAUAGUACCUUCUACUGGCGUUCCCUCUACGAGUAGUCCUGCACAGGUAUGGGAGGGUUCGAGUCCCAUGAGCCGACCUACGAGGGUCUUUCCCGACGAAGAAAAAUCAGAAAGCCACCUGCAUUUACCUUCAGUCUCAGAGCAAGGGGCGCCUCAACCCUCCCUAGACGCCGCACUCUCGCCGAAAUCUCACCCAACCGAACCACUAGCGAACAUCCCCGUACCUAUCGAGAAGCUCGAUAGCAGCCUCGACGGCAUCACCCUCAAAUCAACAGCGCUGCCUCCAGACGUCGUAGCCCGGGUUAUGACGCCACCAUCCCCCUCAUCCCGCGAGCCAUCGCCCACCUCCACUUUACAGGAAAGAGAAAGGCCGUCCAUGGACCGCCGCAGCAGCGUAAAGCUCAAGCUCUCGGAUCUAGGCCCGCCCGAGACCAACCUCGUGCGGGACGCUGGUCACACUCCGAUGGUUGUCAUCGAUCGCGACUUGGAUACAGCGCAGGGGUCACCUGGGGAGAUGGGCCUCGCCGAAGAUCCCCUUGAUCCACCCGCUACCCGGUUGCACCAGCCUACAGAACGCGCUGACUCAUAUUUUGAUGGGGUGGUGGAUUUACCAGAUGAUCCGGCCCUCCAAGGGCCCUUAUCCCUGGUCAAUGAGAAGAGUCACGACGAUAACUUUUUGCAAGAAGUUGACAUGAAGCUCCUUGGCCAGGCGAAGCGGAUUCUAGGGCACAGGGAGAAGGAGGAUGAGGACGAGGCGGACCUCGACAAUCCCUCUGGUCAGGGUCAGGGCGAGGAGGUCCCAGAGAUCAAGUUCAAGAAUACAACAAAUUUUGGCACUGCAUUUGGACAGUCCAUGUAA